AUGAUCCCCUUACCCGCACAAAAACCNAUUUGUUUAGCAUGUGUAAAUCAAACAACAACAUUAGUUUGUGGAAGUGGAAGUUCGAUUUCAAAAUGUGAAAAUACAAAACCAUGUUCGAAAGAUUCAGUGUGUAUUAGUGAUUUUUGUCGAACAGCGGAUCAAACAUGUAAAACACCGACUUGUACGGAUAAUUAUGUAAAUCAAGAUGAAACCGAUAUUGGUUGUGGAGGACGAAUUUGUGGAAUAAAAUGUUCUUUAAAUAAAACUUGUCGAAAAGAUGGAGAUUGUACAACUGGAUUUUGUCGUUUAAAUGACAAAACAUGUCAAAUAUCAACAUGUAAAGAUAAUUAUUGGAAUGCAGAUGAAACUGAUGUUGAUUGUGGAGGAUCAAUUUGUUCAACAAAAUGUUCUAUUGAUAAGUCAUGUGAAACUUCAUCAGACUGUCAAACGGGGUUUUGUCGUUCAAAUGACAAAACAUGUCAGACACCAAGCUGUUCUGAUGAAUUUAGAAAUCAAGAUGAGACAGAUAUUGAUUGUGGUGGAUCAAUAUGUUCAACUCAAUGUAUAGAUAAUGAAACAUGCUCGCAAAAUUCUGAUUGUACUAGUGGUUAUUGUCGAUUAACAGAUCAAACAUGUCGAACUGCAUCAUGUACAGAUGGAUUUCAAAAUCAAGAUGAAACUGAUGUUGACUGUGGUGGAUUGAUUUGUACCGCAACAUGUGCUCUUACAAAAUAUUGCGGAAGAAAUUCCGAUUGUACAAGUGGAUUUUGUCGAGGAACAGAUAAAACAUGUCAAGUAUCAGGAUGUUCAGAUGGUUUUAGAAAUCAAGAUGAAACAGAUAUUGAUUGUGGUGGAUCAACUUGUGGAGUUAAAUGUUCUCUCACAAAAACUUGUGGAAAAGAUGCAGAUUGUCACAGUGGAUUUUGUCGACCAACGGAUAAAACAUGUCAAACGGCAACUUGUUUUGAUUUAUUGAGAAAUCAAGAUGAAAGUGAUGUUGAUUGCGGCGGUACAGCAUGUACAGCUAAAUGUGCAAAUGGUUUAUCUUGCGGAAAAAAUGCUGAUUGUACAAGUGCUUUUUGUCGUACAACAGAUAAAUCAUGUCAAACACCCAGUUGUUCCGAUGGAUAUAAAAAUCAAGAUGAAACAGAUACUGAUUGUGGGGGAUCAGUUUGUUCAGCUAGAUGUUUAGAUACAAAGGGUUGUGGAAAAGAUGCAGAUUGUCAAAAUGGAUUUUGUCGACCAACGGAUAAAACAUGUCGAAGUGUUAUUAUUAAAAAAGAGAUUAAUAUGGAAAAGAAAGAUAGUCUUAUCUUAUCAUUUGAUGUAUUUAAUAGUUUAAGAAAUGAUAUAUCAACAUUAACAGUUUAUUUUAGAAAAUUAAUCCGAAAAGAAGUCAAACAUUUGUAUUCGAUAUCAAAAUAUGAUUAUAUGUUUUUCACAGAUGCUGAUAGUUUUAUUCGAUCAGGUUCAUUAACACGUCUUAUUGAUGAAGUGGAAUAUCGACAUGUUGGUGCUGCAUGUGGCAUCGUUAUGGUCGAUUUCUAUAAUCAUUUUGGAGGAUUUUGGAAUCUUUAUCAAAAUUUUCAAUAUUUAUAUGGACAAGUUUUACGAAGAAGCUUUGAAAAUAUCUUUCGAAGAAUUACUUGUCUACCUGGUUGUAUUACAAUGAUUCAAGUUGAUGAGAAAUUUUCGCAUGUUACAUCUGAUUAUGCAAAAAUGCCUCGUCAAAGUCAACUUAUUCAAACAACAGCUCAAAGACUUGGUACAGAUCGUCGUUUAGUGUAUCUGAUUCAAUAUCAUCAAAUAAAAACAUGUCUAGUUGAAUCAGCUGUUUGUUAUACGAAACCUCCACAUAGUUUAUACAGAUUUGUAACACAACGCCGUCGAUGGAGAAGUAAUGCUUUUUUUAAUUCCUUACUUGGUGUUUGUUCAAGUCGAAUUCAUCCAAUAAUUCGUUUAUCUUUAUUUCUUGAUAUGGCUAGAAUCGCUUUACCCAGGUCAACAAAUCCGAUGCUGGAUCCGAUCGGAUUCCUGGAAACGAAAUUGCAUUGGAAUCCGACUUGA